UAAUUAAAUGGCCACCUAAUAUAUAUUCGAGCUUCAACUAAAUUUUUUACCCCUUGUGUAGCCGUCCGACUGAUCAUUUCUCUUUCUCUCUCUCUUUUCUCCUCUUCUUUCCUAUGAAACAAUAUGACAGCAAACAAAGAAGGUAAUAUUUCUGCAACAUCAAGAGAUUCACAGUCGGCCCCCGAGUGCUGCAUGUGUGGAGAUUUUGGUCUGUCUAACGAGCUUUUCCGCUGCAAGAUUUGCCAAUUCAGAUCUCAACACAGAUACUGCAGCAAUCUGUAUCCGAAAGCUGAAUCAUACGAAAUAUGCAAUUGGUGUUUGAGCCAAAAGGAGGACAAAGAAAAGUCACAGAAUUCUUCAAAUUCUUCAUCAAGUAACAAAACCAACAGCGAAGAUAGCAAGAACAAGAGAAGGAACAGCAACAGUGUCAAUCAUGGAGGUUUGAAAGCAACCCAGAGAAGCAAUUUGCAGUUACAAAUAAAAAAGCCCAUAAAGAAACAAAACUCACCGGAGAGAUCGCCGUCGACCCGGAAAAGGAUAAUAACAAAUGGAGCUUUGGAAGAGAAGCUGAGGAGAACAAGGUCAGAGGAGAUAACAAAUAAUAGAGUAAUCACAAAACCACUGUACAGGAAUAAGGUAAGGAGAUAUAAGCUUCUGGAUGAGGUUUCAAGCUAAAAUGCAUAUCCACAUCGAUCAUCACGCACAUGCACAUGCACAUGCUUAUGGCUUUUGUUUUCUUGUGGGAAAUUUCGUCCCCAAGAAUUCCCAGAGAGAUAAGAAAAUAUAUACAGUCCCUUCUAAACAAAA